UUUGCUAUAUGUAUUUAGGCCAGGGCCUGCUGGAAAUGUAAAAUAACAGAAUAUUGAAGUAUACUGUUUUCCGUGCUUGGAAAUUUUAAGAAAACUGGAAACUAUAACCGUUGUUCAAAUUAAAGAGGCAUGGCAGAUAGCAGUGAGGGGAGGCGUAAGGGUACCGCCAAGGUCCGCACCCUCCAAGAAAUCGAGAAGAAGGUCCAGGAGCGAUGGGAUCGUGAGAAGAUUUUUGAGGAGGACGCACCCAGCGGGGUCAAAGGUCCUGGGAAAGAUAAGUACAUGGUGUGUUUUCCCUACCCCUACAUGAACGGAAGACUGCACCUUGGCCACACAUUCUCUCUGUCAAAGUGUGAGUUUGCUGUGGGUUACCAACGUCUAAAGGGCAAGCAAUGCCUCUACCCCUUUGCCUUUCACUGCACCGGCAUGCCAAUUAAGGCCUGUGCAGAUAAGCUGAAGAGGGAGAUGGAAGACUUUGGCUGUCCGCCAGUAUUUCCCAUGGAGAUGGAGGGCGAAGAUGAGAUUGACAAGGAGGGGACAGAUGUUGUCAUCAAGGACAAGUCAAAAGGAAAAAAGAGCAAGCUAGCAGCCAAGACAGGCAAGGCCAAGUACCAGUGGGAGAUCAUGCAGUCCCUGGGUAUAUCUGAGGAGGAGAUCCCCCAGUUUGCUGACAGCCAACACUGGCUGGAAUACUUCCCACCGUUGGCUAAGCAAGACCUGAAGGGGAUGGGCCUCAAGACGGACUGGCGACGAACGUUCAUCACGACGGACGCCAACCCCUACUACGAUUCCUUCGUCCGCUGGCACUUCCUGACCCUCAAGAAGGCCGGCAAGGUGAAGUUUGGCAAGCGGCACACCAUCUACUCGCCCAAGGACGGCCAGCCCUGCAUGGACCACGACCGGCAGACGGGGGAAGGGGUAGGGCCGCAGGAGUACACCCUCAUCAAGAUGAAGGCCCUCAAGCCCUACCCGGAGCGCCUCAAGAAAUUCUCCAACAAGAGCAUCUACCUGGUGGCGGCUACCCUCCGGCCGGAGACCAUGUACGGCCAGACCAACUGCUGGCUGCGGCCGGACAUGAGCUACAUAGCCUACGAGACCAGGGACGGGGAGGUGUUUAUCAGCACACACAGGGCUGCACGAAACAUGGCUUACCAAGGCCUGCUGAAGGAGGAGGAGAAGGUGACGGUGCUGGCUGACCUGGUGGGCCAGGAUAUCAUGGGCAUGGCCUUGAGUGCCCCUUUAACCUCCUACAAGACCAUCUACACCCUGCCCAUGCUGACUAUCAAGGAGAAUAAAGGGACAGGUGUGGUCACCAGUGUGCCGUCUGACUCACCGGAUGAUUAUGCCGCCCUCAAAGACCUGAAGAACAAGAAAGAAUUCCGUGCCAAGUACGGCCUGAAGGACGAGAUGGUCUUGCCCUUUGACCCUGUGCCCAUCAUCGACGUGCCUGGCAUGGGCACCCUGGCGGCUGUCACGGCCUACGACGAGCUCAAGAUCAGGAGCCAGAACGACCGAGAGAAGCUUGCUGAAGCCAAGGAGAAGGUCUACUUGAAGGGCUUCUACGAGGGGGUCAUGAUUGUGGGUGAUGUCAAAGGUCAAAAGGUCCAGGAUGUUAAGAAGACUGUCCAGAAGACGAUGCUGGAUGCCAGGGAGGCCGUAAUCUACCUGGAGCCUGAGAAGCAGGUCACCUCACGCUCUGGGGACGAGUGCGUGGUGGCGCUUUGUGACCAGUGGUACCUGGACUACGGCGAGGCAAAGUGGAAAGCACAGACCUUAGCCGCCCUGGAGAAGAUGGACCUGUAUUCAGAAGAAACAAAAAGGAACUUCCUUGCGACAUUUGAUUGGCUCCACGAGCAUGCCUGCUCCAGAACGUAUGGCUUGGGAACCAGGAUGCCAUGGGAUGAGCAGUAUCUCAUUGAGUCCCUGUCUGACUCCACUAUCUACAUGGCCUUCUACACUGUUGCACACCUGCUGCAAGGAGGCGUGUUUGAUGGGUCCGGCACCAGUCCACUGGGGAUCAAGGCAGAUCAGAUGACCCCUGAAGUCUGGGACUACAUUUUCUACUCCAAGGCCCCGUACCCUAAGUCCAGCAAGAUCCCCAAGUCGGCCCUGGCCAAGCUCAAGCAGGAGUUCAAGUACUGGUACGGGGUCAACCUCCGCGUCUCCGGCAAGGAUCUGGUGCCCAACCACCUGACCUACUUCCUGUACAACCACUGCGCCGUCUGGCCCCAGGAGCCCGAGCGCUGGCCGGCCGCCGUCCGCACCAAUGGCCACCUCUUGCUGAACAACGAGAAGAUGUCCAAGUCCACAGGGAACUUCCUGACGUUGUCCGAAGCCCUGGAGAAGUACUCUGCAGAUGGCAUGCGUCUGGCCCUUGCCGAUGCCGGUGACCAGGCCGUGGAAGAUGCCAACUUCAUCGAGGCUCUAGCCGAUGCCGGUAUCCUGCGCCUCUACACCUUCCUAGACUGGACCAAGGAGAUGCUGGCAGAGGAGAGCACCCUCCGCACAGGAGCCACAGACAGCUUUCACGACCGCGUGUUCAUCAGCGAGAUGAACGAUGGGAUACAGGAGACGGAGAAAGCUUACGAGAGAAUGAUGUUCAAAGAGGCCCUGAGGACAGGAUUCUUUGAGUUUCAGGCAGCAAGGGAUCGGUACCGUGAGCGGGCUACCGACGGCAUGCACCAUGACCUGGUCAUGCGAUUCAUUGAAUGCCAGAUUCUCCUCCUAGCGCCCAUCUGUCCGCACCUCAGCGAUUACAUCUGGGGACUGCUUGGAAAUCAAGAAUCCAUCAUGAAGGCCAAGUGGCCAGCGGCCGGUAAAGUGGACACUAAGCUGCUGAGGUCGUCCGAGUACCUAAUGGACUCGGCCCACGACUUCCGCCUGCGACUCAAGAACGCCUUGCUCCCCCCAAAAGGGAAGCAGAAGGGCGGUCCACCACCCCUGAAGCCUACCUAUGGCACCCUCUUCGUGGCCAAGACCUACCCUCCAUGGCAGAGCGCUGUCCUGACAACUCUUAAGAAACUCUACGACGGUAAUUCCGGUGGCUUCCCUGAAAACAAGGUGAUACUGAAUGAGCUGAAGAACAUCGAUCUGCUCAAGAAAUACAUGAAGAAGGUCAUGCCGUUUGUGCAGCAUAUCAAGGAGAACGUUGAGAAGUCCGGUGCAAGGGCCAUGGACUUAACCAUGGAGUUUGAUGAGAAGCAAGUACUGGAGACCAACAUUGCCUACUUGGCCAGUACCUUGGAGCUGGAGGGGUUGGAGGUCAAGUUUAGCUCAGAGGCCACUGAUAAGAUUCAGGAGGAAUGCUGUCCUGGAAAGCCAUUCUCUAUCUUCAGAGCUGAGUCAAGUGUAGUUGUGAAGAUGGUGAACCCCCAACCCCACAGUGGUCACUUCACCCUGGACGUUCCCAUCAGGCAAGGGGACACGGUUGCCAAGGUAGCCAACCGCAUUGCUAAGCAGGAUCGAGGAAUUAAAGACGUGAACAGGGUCAAGAUACUACGUUACAAUGAUCCCGAUCUGGGGCCGCGCAAGAUGCCAAAGUUCCAGCAGCCAAUGGAGGGCCGGACUGGGAUUGGCAGCCAGGCCACCUUCAGUAUCAGCCUUGAGACCAAGCGAGUGUCGGUGUCCGACAACGGCAACAAUGUAGACGCGGGUUCGGUGCUGGUCUAUAUGGUGGAGUAGCUCACAUGAGAUUGUCGCAGUUAAACUGCUGUAGACACUUAAUAUGAACAUUCAAAUAUUCUUGCACCUCUUCAUUGGCAUCAACAUGGAUGCAAAAUGAGCGUCCGUGUCUGAGAGUGGCAAAGAUGUCAACCCAGUUGUUGGUUGUUGCUGGUCUGUGUGGGGGAAUAACCUGUAACAUUGUUGCAGUCAAACUGCUUUGGACACAAACAAUUAAAAUACCCUGUAAUCUUGUAUUUGGAAAUAGUUUGUCAACUGUUGUUACAAGGGUGUGGUAUAAGCAAAUAUCUCUGCUUUUUAAAGUUGAUCUAUAAGGAAUACGCUCAAAGUAAUGUUAUUUUUUUCAUUUAAAAAUCCCACAAAUGCAUUGUGUCUUCCAUGUGUACAUUUACACAAAGCUUUUUUUUUCAACACACAACCACUCUAGACCUGCACAGGGUACAAUCAUUAACCCUAACCCCCUAGGGUGUAUGUAAAAUCGUAUUGAAAUUGGAGGAUUUUGGAGUGUGAGGGUUAAAGUACGCUGUGUACAUUAUAUUGACAUAAUUUUUUUUUCCGUUGAAAUUUGAUUUUUUUUUAAACUAUUGCUUGAUUUUUUCCCCCCAACCAUUUGAGUUGGGGUUGCACACCUGGAACGCUGUCUUCUUUCAGUCUCAUUGCAUAACAAUUAAUCUAACUUUUUUUUUUCUCUCCAAAAGUUCAAUCCAUUUUGAUUUUGUGAAAGUCUUCAAAAUUGUCUUUAUAUGCACUUACUGACAUUGUACAAGAAAGUUACAAGAAGGUUGCAUACGAACCUGUCAGCUCUCUGUCCAGCAGUGUUGUAAAUUGGGAAUUCACCCAAACAUUCCUGGGAAUUAACUGAUACAGUGGGAACUGAAUGUUUUCAAUGAGAAGGAUUUUGAUGUCUUGACACAAAGUCUGACAAACAUGGCUUUGUUUCAUGAACUGAAAGGGCAGUUGCAUUUCUAGCGAGGGGUGGGGAAAGUUGACCUCCCCCUGAUUUUUAAUUGGAAGUGUCAAUACUUUAGUAAACAUACUAGCACUUUUUGAGGGGCGUUGAGUAUUCCUUUUGGCAAUUACAAAUAAUGGGACAAUUGUUAAUGGAGGAAAGAAAAAGUCAUUUAGCCCCUGCAAUCUAUUCCUGUAUAUGGCAAUGUGACCACUUCCUUGGUUUUUCUGACUGGAACAUUUCUUGCCCUGCUCAUAACGUUUCUAAAACAAACAAAAACAAAACAAAAAAAUCUGAAGUUAACACAGAGCCUUGUGCCUUGGCUAUCCAAUGCCAUCUUUUGUGAGUAGUCGUCAGUAGUAAUGAAGAACCUGUAGCAGUGUACCAGAAAUGUACACGAUAUAAUAUUGUAACACAACAUGUAUUGCUCUCCAUAUUGGGAAGUCCAAGUACUCAGAAUGCACGUUGUAUCUCAGUACACUUGCUGGAUGUGAUACUGAAGUCCUCAGCAUGUGCAAUUGCAAACCAGUACAAUACCAGAGCCAGGAUUUGAGUAAAGGUUGUUCACUGUGAUGCAACAAAAUCCGAGUGUUUUUAUUUGCAGACUGAGUGAACUCACUCCUUUGCUGAAGUUUAAAACAGGCUGAACAUAAAAGGAAUGAUGAGAAUUGUAUAUCUACAAAGUAUGUUUCAAAUCUUUGCAAACAAUUAAAGCAUAAAGCCAUGACAAGUUAAAUGCUAACACAAUGUGUAAUAAGUGUGAAUUUUGCCUUCAAUUAAUCAUGAUCAGUAGCCACAAUAAAGAAAUUUUUCUAGA